AUGGCGGAGAAUAUCGCAAGAAAUGCAAAUGCUGCAUUUACCUCUUUGAAAAUUUUGUCGGGAGAACAAAGAUCAGAAGCAUUACGAAAGAUCUAUCAUGGAUUAAAAGAAUGUCAAGAAGAAAUUUUGCAAGCCAACAAAACUGAUAUGGACAAUGCAAAUGAAAAUUCGUUGUCUUCUUCUUUGAUUAAAAGAUUAGACUUGUCAAAAAAUGGAAAAUAUGAUGCUAUGUUGCAGGGAAUUUUAGAUGUCGCAGAUUUGCCUGAUCCAGUGGGUAAAUGUACACUAGCUAGAAAAAUAGACGAAGGUUUGAAUUUGUACAGAGUAACUACCCCCAUAGGGGUCUUACUAAUUAUAUUCGAAUCACGGCCCGAAGUUAUUGCUAAUAUUACAGCAUUGGCUAUUAAAUCAGGUAACGCAGCUAUCUUGAAAGGCGGAAAGGAGUCAUUCCAGACGUUUAAGGCUAUGAGUGAUGUUAUAAAUAAAAUUUUAAAGAGAGAUACUUUAGUCCCUGAAAAUGCGAUUCAGCUUAUAGAGUCAAGAGAGGAGGUUGGUGAUUUAUUGCUGCAGGAUAAGUACAUCGAUUUAGUGAUCCCGAGAGGAUCCAAUCAAUUAGUUCGCAAUAUUAAGUCUAAUACAAAAAUACCUGUGUUAGGACAUGCUGAUGGUAUUUGCUCAAUCUAUUUGGAUUAUGAUUUUGAUUUGGAGAAGGCAAAAAAGAUAAUUGUCGAAUCGAAGACGAAUUAUCCAGCUGGUUGUAAUGCAGUAGAACAGCUUUUGAUUAAUGAUAAAAUCGAAGAUGAGAAAAUAGUUGCAAUCAUAAAAUCGUUAAUUGAUGAGCAUGUUACAGUACAUGCAACUCCUAAUAUUAUUCCUUUGAUUCAAAAUUUCGAUCAAACGUAUGUUAGACCCACUGUGCGGGACUCAUUCGAUACGGAGUAUCUUUCUUUGGAUAUAUCUGUUACAUUGGUCUCUUCUGUUGAAGACGCGAUUCUUCAUAUCAACUCACAUUCUUCAAAGCAUACAGACUGUAUCAUUACAGAGAAUAAAGCGUCUGCAGAUAAAUUUUUGAAAAGUAUAGACUCUGCUGGCGUAUACUGGAACUGCUCAACUAGAUUUGCGGAUGGAUUCAGAUAUGGAUUUGGUACAGAAGUGGGAAUCAGCACUAAUAAAAUACAUGCUAGAGGUCCAGUUGGCUUGGAAGGGUUGAUGAGCUAUCAGUAUCAGUUAAAGGGAGAUGGGCAUACUAUCGGCGCUUACAUUGGAGGUGGAGGCAACAAGAAGUAUUUACAUGAAGAUUUAGAUACCAAUAUAGAAUUGUGA